GCCCAUGUUCCUUUGUCCUGGGACUUAUGGCACGCACGGAUGGGUCAUCCCGGAGGAGACGCAGUCAAACGCCUUCCUAUAUUUGCAACAGGUGUUAAGGUGGACGUAUCUACUGUGCUACAACGCUGCGAGCCUUGCAUAAUCACUAAGCACCCUUGCAAGCCUUACCUGUCCUCUGAGACCCCAUGCGCCACACACAUGCUCAACCUCAUACAUUCAGACCUAUGCGGUCCAUUCCCCAUCACUACUCCACACGGCAAACAUCAUUUCAUCAUAUUCCUCGAUGAC